GAAGGUGUACUUUCCUUUUUCGUCCGAUGUUCAGUGCCUGUGUUUCUGCUGCACGUUUGGUGACAGUUAGGUAGCUAUGUUAAAUGUAUUGGCAUGUUUAAGACUUUAUAUUUCAUGUUUGCCAAGAUUAGGUCAACAUUGAAUAUCCUGGCGACAAAGCGACAAAGAAAGUAUCUUCUUAUAACUUAGCUAGACUGUUUCCUAGCUAAGGUUGAUAAAAGAUCUUUGAAACAUGGCAGCGGAUGUUGCCCCUUGUUUAGAGUUCAUGGACUGGGAACUUGACACUUCGACAUGUAAUGGACUGAAACAGGAGAAACAACUUUCUGCCUCACAAAGAAGGUGCUACAGCCUCUGCAGGAGGAAGUCAUUUGCUGCCUUUGUGGCGUCCAAGAGGGAGGACGGUCAGGAAGGAGAAAGCACAUCUUGGUGCUGCUGUGGCCAGACUUUUGAAGAACACUCUGCCAUUCACAAACAUGUGGCCUGGACUCAUGGUACUGAAAUACAGCAGCUCACACAUGCCGCAUAUGAGCAUUUGUUAAGCCAUUUGGAAGAAGAAGAACCUGAAACACAGCAGACGAAUGAGCGUGAGGCCGAGCCGGUGGACAUUUCUGCAUGGAUACCUGAAACUAGUCACAUCUCUGAGGAGCAACUUCAAAAUGGACCAGGCAAGGUUCUCCUCUAUUAUCGCUACUGUCAAGUGGAGGAUCCACAUGUUAUCUGUGCUUGGCAGAAAGCUUUGUGUGAGAAGCUCCACUUAACUGGCAAGGUGAGGGUGGCGACUGAAGGCAUCAAUGGAACAGUUGGCGGCACAAAUAUGGCCACUGAUGUUUACAUCGACGCAAUGCGUUCACACCCUCUCUUCAAGAUGGACAAGGAGGACUUUAAGACAAGUGAUGGCAGCGCAGUGUGUUUUAAAGACCUGAGGGUCGGGGUCUAUAAGGAAAUCGUCCCAAUGGGAGUGGAUCCUGAUGUUGUUUCCUACCAACUGGCAGGGGUUCAUUUGGAACCGGAGGAGUUUCAUAAAGAAGUACAGGCUCUGUUGGCUAAACGGGACUUAUGCCAUGACACCAUCCUCCUGGACUGCCGCAAUUUUUAUGAGAGUAAAAUUGGGCAGUUUACUCAGUGUCUGGCCCCGAGCAUCCGUAAGUUCAGCUACUUCCCCGACUACGUCGACCAAAACCUUGAACUGUUCAGAGACAAGAAGGUCUUGAUGUACUGCACAGGAGGGAUCCGCUGUGAGCGCGGCUCUGCAUACCUCCGCUCCAAAACUGCAGGUACUGCGGCUGUCCCUGGGACCAGUACAAACUCUGUUCCACCAAGCUGUGCUGUCAGCUGGUUCUGUCCUGUCCCGGCUGCAGACAGGGCGGAUGCACCGCCUGCUGCCCCACCUGCCAAACCAAAGGACAUGCUCAGAGCGAGGGGUCCCCCACUGUUCCACAUCACAAAGAGGAAUGCGAGUGCACUGAAGGACGUCCCAGAAUCCCUCGGGAUGUGUAGCAACAGAGUGCUAACGACUGGACAUUAGUGCUUGCAGCCCCAUGAAAAAUCCUGCCUGUCAGGGGUUGACCACAAUGUACAACUAGAAUUAGUGGAAGGUGCCCAGUGUAUUUUAAAGUCAUGAUUUUUUUUUAAAUAUGAAUGUGGGAAAUUAAGUCAGAUUUACUGUUUCUAAGAAGUUUUAUUCUAAAGACAUCCAUGAAUUUGAUAUAAGAUUUUUAUUACAUGAAUAUUUUAUUCAUGAAACUGGAAACAUGAAACUCUGUUUCAAGAGAUAUUAACUUCUUUGUGUGUGUGUGUGUGUGUGUGUGUGUGUGUGUGUGCGCCUGAAAUUGCAUGGUUUCACAUUCAAUUUUAAAUUUAAGUAAUUUAAAGUUAUGCUGCAAAAAAAGCAUAGAUACAAACAUACCAAAAACACAGAAUUUAUAGUAGUUAUCUUGUGCUCUCUAAACCAUUUAAUCUCUGAUCAAAGCAGGUUACUGAGACUGCAGAUUUUGCUUAAACACAUCUGUGUGCCUUACUCGGGAUGACACAUUUUUGAAAGAAUUCACCCCAACGUAUCAAUAUGAAACCAUGCAAAAGCAGGCCAUGAGUAAUGAUAAGUGUAUUGGUAAGUCUUAAUUUCAGCAGAGCUCCUCAUAAGGGAUUUUAGCAUAAUUUGUUAUAUAAAGUUUUACAUAAUGUUUCAGUUAUUAAUAUAGAAUACUUGGUGUAGUACAAUGCUGUGAUGUACAAUGUUUCAUCUGAAACUAGACAUAUUGAGUUCUAGAGGGGAAUUACCAUAUAACAAUAAGCAUAGAAAACAGGUAAUGAAGGUAAGAAAGCUAUAAAAACAGUUUACAGUGAAAUAAACAAAAAGGAAAUUCAAAAGCUGCAUACAAUCUAUACUUUACAAUACCUUAGGCCUUCUACACUAUUUGUGCAAUUAUCUUUGCAAAUACUGUACAUAUGUGCAGAAAUAAAGAGUCGAGGUAAUAUUGCUACUUAUCAGUCAUACUAUAAUCAGAAUGGGAUGUAUUGUCAAAAUAAGUUGGUCUUGGCGUGUUUGGUGCAUAGCCUACAAUAAACUUGUAUGAACAUGGAAUAAACAAUAGAGCAAA